AUGAAGAUUAGACGAGACUCGCUCGUGGGAGCGGCAGGCCCUUUUGAUCAGAACCAACAGCCGCCGAGGCUGCGGGAUAUCAGGCUCGAAUGUGUCUCCAAGGCGGACCAGGACCAGGACACGGCCUGCCCCUUACCAGACCAAGAAGCCAGCCCCCAGCCAACCCAGCCGCAAGUCCUCACCUUUGACUGCAGCCACGUCGGGGAGACGUACAACACCAUGUGCUACGACAUCAAAUGUCACAAGCUCCCCAGCAAACUGACCUGGGAAAAUCCCAGCGACCCUGCCAGGGACGGCCGCCGCACCUUGGCCGGGUGUGGCUCUAUGAAGGACCCCGCCAACCCGCCGGGCAAGCCUAAAUAUAACAACCGGUGCGCGCGUGCGUCGUUCGCCAACGGCUACAACUGCGACGAGUGCCCCUUCGCCUCGGCCGCCUCGGCCGGCCGAGGCGGGCAGAUCAACCGCUGCGUGCCUAAAGGGGACAACAGCAAGCAAGGGGCUAAGCUCGGGGACCUGUACCACGGCAAAAACGAGAAGCCGUACAAGUACUGCACGGGCGACUGCAAGCCUGACGGGAACACCUUCCAGAAGUACGACGACCUCAGCAGGAGGAAAACGAAGCGGUCGCUGGCGGGAGAGGUGGUCCGGUGCAAUGACACGGCGAGUGAGGACGACAUUGCUUUGGGCACCCGGUCGCUGACUGCCGAGGACAAUGCCGCAUCGGACAGGAUACGUCUUAUAGAAGGGCUUCAAUUCCAUCGCGGAUAGACUAUACAUACCAUCAAAGACUACCGGAGACACACUCAUCAAACAAAAAAAGGCUCA